GCAGUUUACAGAAAAAUAAUCAACACCCAUGGAACAUUUCUCAGCCAUUCAGAAUAAAGCAUUCAACAGGCCCGUACAUGUGUUGCUAACGUUAUCCUCAGCCUGUCCUAACCUGAUCCAUUUUUUUAAACUUGAUGAGAAAUAAUCCACUACUUAUGCAUGAACAAAGUCAUUUGAUUCACAUGUAUUGCUAAUACAGGUAUACAAUCUUAUUUUUUUUAACAUCUUAAGUCUGAAAGCAUUCAUGUAAUUCAUCACAUUCUGCCACAUCUCUAUGGAGCUGACAGUAACUUCCGGGAACUCUUGAGAUGAUCCCGCCACUUCUGUAAUAAAUUAUUUUCAUUGGAGUGAAUAGAGUUGACGCAACUCUGUUCCUGUAAAGGGCUCUGGGAUUAGGUUCAUUGUGUCGGCGGGCUUAAGGACUUCAGGAACAUGGUUUUUGGCUCUGUAAAUUUUUUUGUGUUGCAAGCGGUUUUUCUAAGUUAUAUGUUUUAAUUGCAUAUUUUUUUGAUAUUUCAGUCCAACACUUUUUGAUGGUGUUAAUGUUUAUCUGCUGUUCUUCUGACGCUUUUGAUGAGAAAGCCGAAUUCUGGUGCUCUGGUUUACACGUGGUAGUAAACUGAAAGUGAAACUUCAAGAAAAUGUCAUCUAAAUGUUUUUCUGAGGAGGAUUUCUCUUGUCCAGUUUGCUGUGAUAUUUUUACAAAUCCUGUUGUGUUGUCUUGCAGUCACAGUAUCUGUAAAGACUGUAUUGAGAGAUUCUGGGAAAGUAAAGGAUCUAAAGACUGUCCAGUUUGCAGAAGAAGAUCAACAGGGGAUCCUCCAUUAAAUUUGAUUUUGAAGAACCUGUGUGAGACUUUCCUACAGGACAGAAGUCAGUCAUCUUCACCAGUUUGUCAUCUUCACAACGAGAAACUCAAACUCUUCUGUUUGGAUGAUCAACAACCGUUGUGUGUGGUGUGUCGAGACUCCAGAACUCAUAGCAACCACAAAUGCUGUCCCGUCAGUGAAGCUGCCAUUGAUAAUAAGGAGAAACUCAAAACUGCAUUGAAACAUUUAAAAGUGAAACUGAGAAUAUUUGAGAAGUUUAAACAGAACUUGGAUGAAACUGCAGAACAUAUAAAGAUUCAGGCUGGACGCACAGAGAAGCAGAUUCAUGAAGAGUUUGAGAUACUUCACCAACUUCUACAUGAUGAAGAAUCAGUCAGAAUAACAGCACUGAGACAGGAAGAGGAGCAGAAGAGUCAGAUGAUGAAAGAGAAGAUUGAGAAGAUGAGCAGUGAGAUUUCAUCUCUUUCACACACAAUCAGGAUCAUAGAGGAGCAAAUGAUGGCUGAAGAUGUUUUAUUCCUACAGGACUUUAAGAGCACAAUGAAGAGAGUUCAGUGUAGAACGUCAGAUCCAGAGAAGAUCUCAGGAAUGAUGAUCAAUGUAGCAAAACAUCUCGGCAACCUGAAGUUUACUGUUAUACAGAAGAUGAAAGAGAAUGUUGAAUACAUUCCAGUGACUUUGGAUCCAAACACUGCUCACAGUAGUCUCCUUCUGUCUGAUGAUCUGAGCAGUGUGCGAUACAGUAAAGAUGCAGUGCUGCUUCCUGAUAAUCCAGAGAGAUUUGAUGUCUCUAAGUGUGUUUUGGGUUCAAAGAGCUUUAAUUCAGGGAUUCACUGCUGGGAUGUUCAGGUUGGAGACAACACAGGCUGGGCUCUGGGUGUGAUGACAGAAUCUGCUGAGAGAAAAAAUAAAAUCUUAUCCAGUAGUGGAUUUUGUUAUGUGGUGUAUUUCUCAGGAAAAUACGCUGCAGUCAUUACAAAAUUGAAAACAUCUCUUCAUCUCUCAGUGAAAGUGAAACUAGAAAGAAUCAGAGUCGAGUUGGAUUGUGACAGAGGAAAACUGUCAUUCUUUGAUCCUCUCACUAACACACACAUACACACUUUUACACACACAUUUACUGAAAGAGUUUAUCCAUGCUUUGGUGUUAAGUGUAAUAUUUCUCCCCUGGUGAUCCUACCAGUAAAAUCUGCUUGAAAACUCUGAAUCGGGGAUUUAAUUGGAGAAUAAAUUGAUCUUGUUUAUAAAGCACUACGAGUUGUGAUGUUUCUUUUAAAGGUCCCGUUUUUUCUGAUCCCAUUUUUCACACAUUAGUUAGUGUGUAAUGUUGCUGUUAGAGCAUAAAUAAUACUUGAAGAGUUUUGUUGCAAAACGAGAUAAAUCCAUUUUUAACAUUUUUGUCAAAACAUGUUUAUCAUUAUGUUAUCGUGUUAUUAUUUUGUUUUAUGGUGCUACUUAGCUGUAUUUUUUAAGUUAUGAAGGUUUAAAUCAAAACAAACCAACUGCAGUUGAAUUGAAAUUAAUUGGAGUGCACAACCAAAAAACGAGAUUUCUGAACAAUUAAAAAACGGUGGUUAUCUCGUUUUGCAACGAAACUCUUCACUUGCAAAAUGAUGUGAGAUAACCCAAUGUUUUCAUUGUUGUGUCAUAUUUGAACUAGAAAAUUAUCUGAUUGUGGGAGGGAUGGCAACUGGAAAUGAGGCCUGCAUAGAUAUAAAGAAAAAAUACUUUUGUCAACUGGUGGUUUUCACAAGUGAAGCUCCUGCUUCGCUCCUCGAUCACCACCAGAGGGAGACAUCUCCUGAGUAUUAACAUUUAUCCGGACUCAAUUUCCCAUAAGCCCACAUACCUGGACUGAUUGCAACUGAAUCUCAUUGGACUGCCCAUUUAAACCUCAUUCAUUCACACUUAUUGUGAAGUCUUGUUUUGCCUUGGCAUCAUUACUGAGUGUUAUUUCUGUCUGUUUAUCCUGUGUCUUCUUUGGAGUGCAGAUUGCCUUGCCCUUUAAUGUGUGUUUGCUGGAGAUUGACCUUGCCUGUAAGACUACGAUUGUGUGCGAAUAAAGUGU